CGAAAUAAUACGUGAAAAAUUUCGAUAUCCGGUACGUACCAUUUCAAUAACAAAACCGGUAUACAUGUCGAUACGGUAUUCACUCCUUUGGUUCCAUUGCCAAUUUUCGAAAAAAAAAAAAAAAAAGGUUUUCGGUCGGUAUUUUUAACAGUUGACCUAGACUUAACGAGCUAUAUGUAGGAUCACGCCGAAGGUUGCCCAACGCCAUCACCGGUCUACAGGCUGCACAAGGAAAAAUGGAGGGGAGGGUUUAUGAAGCUGCAGUUGAAGGGAAUGUAAAUUCGUUGGUGCAGUUACUUCGAGAAGAUGCCUUGCUUCUCGAUAGAUUCAUUACCGGAUUCGAUUCUGAAACACCUUUGCAUAUAGCUUCCAUGCUCGGACAUGAUCAAUUUGUUCAGGAAAUUCUAAACCGGAAGGCUGAGCUCGCCAAGGUACUUGAUGCCCGAAAGGCAUCCCCGCUUCACUUAGCAACUGCCAAAGGUUACUUGGAAAUAGUGAAGAAAUUGCUACAGGCUAGCCCUGAUAUGUGCUUUGUUCGUGACCGAGAUGGGAGAAAUCCGGUUCAUAUUGCAGCCUUAAAGGGUCAUGUCAGUAUCCUGGGAGAAAUUGUUCAGGCCAGACCAGGGGCUGCUCGGGUGCUGAUGGACAGAGGUGAAACAAUUUUACAUGCGUGUGCGAGACACAACCAGCUGGACGCAAUGAAGUUCUUGCUAGAAAGAAUUUCUGAUCAUGAAUUCGUGAAUCUUAAGAAUUACGAUGGCAACACUGUCUUGCACAUAGCAGUAGCUGAUAAACAACAAGAGGCUGUAAUUUACUUGGUAGCUAAUGGUAUAGAAGUAAAUUCGAUGAACAAAGAUGGCCUCACGGUACUCGAUCUUUUGUCAAAAAACGAAAGGGAUGUGAAAGAUAUAGAGGUUGCUGAGUCCCUUCGAAGAGUUGGAGCUGUAAAUGGAAAGGUUAUCCCUCUACCAAAGAACGAACUUGAAGUUAUGAGGAAGCAGAUCUUGUCCUCAGUUUCAUCUAAUCAACAUGACGCUCGGCAACGCAAGAAAAAACACAAGAAGGUUGUUAACAAGCAUGUAGAUUGGCUCGAACGAAAAAAGAACUCGUUAAUGGUUGUCGCAUCGCUCAUUGCAACCAUGGCCUUCCAAGCUUGUCUGACGCCACCUGGUAGUUUUUGGCAAGACAGUUCUAAUGGGCAUGAGGCUGGGUACUCUGUGCUGGCAGAUCAAAAGCCAGAAAAAUAUAGUUACUUCCUCUCUUACAACACUACUGGUCUAGUGGCCUCUCUUAGUAUCAUCUUAUUGCUGAUGAGUGGAUUGCCGCUGAGGCAUAGGGUGUUCAUGUGGUUCUUGAUGGUGAUAAUGUGGAUUGCAAUUACUGCAAUGGCAAUGACAUACUUAGUGGCUAUAACUGCUUAUACACCUGAGCGUGAAUCUGUGGCACUGCUUCGGGUAAUAGAAAUUUCCCUGUUAAUUUGGGUCGGGCUGAUGGUGAUACUUCUUCUUGGGCAUACCAUUCGAUUGAUCAUUAGGCUAAUAAGAUAUAUUUGUAAAAAACUACGUGGAAGGCGUCCUUCAAGUACUCAAAUGGUAUGAGAUAUAAACCAUAAAUAGAAUGAUGUAUAUAUGAUAUGUAUGAUGUAAUCUCCCAAUUAGUACAUGGUCUGGAAUGUUAAACUUCUUUCUUACUUUGUAACCAUAAGUUUUGUUGGUUAUUAUCAAAUUUUAUAAUUUAAAAUAAUUUUGACUAUAUAAAACACCUUUGAUUAA